AUGGCUGAUACGGAAAUACAACAACUACGUCGCCCGUCGGCGGAUAAUCAGACAGUCUCGAAAGCCGAUAUCCCUUUGAAGGAACGCUUCUUCCGCUACUUCCAGCAUGAGAUCACCGAUUUGCAACAGGAGAUGGAUCGUCUCGCAGACACGUCUCUUGUGGGUGGUGAACGUGCCGAUGCAACAGACCACUGCCUUGCCGGGAUCGUGCGGUUAUCCAACGAAGUCAAGGAUGCAGCGAGCUAUAUUCCCACUUAUGAUCAGAGAGUAUAUGCAGAGGCAAUCAAAGCUUUGCAGGAUCGGUUGAGCGAGACACGCGCAGCUUUCGAGCCCCGAUCAAAGUUUAGCUUCAAGAACAAGAAGAAUACCUCUGCUGUCUCUUUGUCUGACGCUGCCGUGGUGGGAGUUGAAGGACGCCUUAGUAUCCCUGGGUACCAUUCUCCGGGUGGCUCGUCCGUUGACUCGUCCGCGAACCACACACCCAACUACCCUUCCACCCCACUGAACGAGCCCGAUAAACAGCAACAAGAGCGACCGGAGCUUGCGCCCACUUCAUUUCCAGGUGUUUCAGUCGGCGACUUCGGCGCAAAGUCCCCCUCUGGUCCAUUUGCGGCCACCGGCAUAUCCUCUGUGUCAGUCGAUGAUCAUCAGGGACUUCACAUUAUGCUUCCGGCCUCCGGGUCCACAUCCACAGUCCCGGUGUCUAUUACCUCCCUGGAUCGUUGCAUCGUUGAUAUGUCCAUUCCCACUGCCAACGGAAAGCCAUAUGCCAGUCUGACUGCCAAGGGUGUCCAGGAAAGUUUAUUGAUCUGCGGUCAAGUCAACGGCCCUGCACACAUUACCGGCGUUGAGCGUAGCGUGAUCGUGGUAUCAUGCCGCCAGUUCCGCAUGCACAACUGCAGCAACGUUGAUGUCUAUCUCAGCUGCUCUAGUAACCCCAUUAUCGAGGACUGUUUCAAUAUUCGGUUUGGUCGGAUCCCAAAGGCCUAUGCCUUGAAUCAUGACCGCCCCGACCACGAAGACCGUUGGAGCCAAGUCGAGGACUUCAAAUGGAUUAAGCCGGAGCCUAGCCCAAACUGGAGUCUGCUCGAUCAAAACGAUGCCGUUCCCGAAGAGGUCUGGGCGGAGAUUGUUCCCGGCGGGCCGGGAUGGUCUCUUGAGGACAUCUUACAUGCCAUAAAAGUAGUCCCGAGCUAG